AUGCCUGCCUCCGACACCCAGAAGAAGCUCUCGCUCGCCAUCUGCGAUUUCCUGCGGACCUCGAUCGAGAACGGCACCAUCUCCUCGGAUGACGCCGAGGGCAUCGAGGUUGCCAUCCAGUGCAUCGGCGAGGCCUUUGGCGUCAAUCCCGAUGAAGGAAACUCGGCCUACAGCAUCAAGCCCCAGAACCUCGCCAGCAUCUUCGAGGUCUUCCUGAACACCCAGAAGAAGGUAUCUUCGGGCCCCAAGCCACAAGCUUCGGCCGAGCCCCGUCUCUCGGACGAGGAGCGCAAGGCCCAGGCCGAGUCCUUCAAAGCCCAGGGCAACAAGAAGAUGGCCGAAAAGGACUAUGCCGAGUCCAUCAGCCUGUACACCAAGGCCAUCGAACUUGACUCUCGAAGUGCUGUCUACUAUGGAAACAGAGCUGCCGCCUACAGCCAGGACGGCCAGCAUGAGCUCGCCGUUGCCGAUGCCAAGAAGGCCAUCGAGAUCGAUCCCAACUGGGCCAAGGGAUAUAGCCGUCUCGGCCACGCCCUGUUCUGCUUGGAGCAAUACGAAGAAGCCGUUGCUGCCUAUGAGAAGGGACUGGAGCUGGAUCCCAACAACGCCUCGAUGCAGACGUCUUUGAAUGCCUCGAAGGCCAAAGUCAAUGCUAACGCCGAUGCCAGGGGUCAGGCCGCGAACCGCGAUCUGGACAACGCCGGCUCCAGUGCUAGCUCCAGUGCCGGUGCCGGUGCUGGAGGCCUUCCGGAUCUCUCCGCCCUCGGCGGCAUGGACUUGGGCUCCAUCAUGAGCAACCCCAUGUUCAUGUCGAUGGCCCAGAAUCUCAUGAAGGACCCCAAGAUGGCGGCCAUGGCCCAGAAUCUCAUGAGCAACCCCGAUGCCCUGAAAGAGAUGAUGAACAACCCUGAGGUCGCCAGUGCCGCCGCCAAGAUGAUGGGUGGCAGGAAGUAAGGAGCACCGGAGUCGGUUGUCAAUACAGCAUUUGAACGCCGUGUGGCGACAUUCGAAGCGCCGGGCACCAAAGUGUACAGCCGCCACAGAGCGGCUUUCACACGGCCCUGAGCAGAUCCACAAAAGUGCGUGAUGCCAU